GUCAACCAGAGAACAUGAUGCCUCUUUGCAAGUCAACUCGUGUGCUUUCUAGCUGAUAGAGGCACCUCAAGCUGAAAUAUUAGAGCUCUAUUGUAUUGAAGAACGUGGUGUGACAGCCUCCGGGCUCAGCAAAUGGCCUGCUUCGUAUCGCCGCGCUGACGGGCAGAGCGUCGCCACAUCGGCGUCCAAGCUGGCAGGGCGACACAGAAAUCAACUUUGUCUAUUUUUAAUGGACACGCUUCGAGCGGCGGCAGCAGCGGCGGCGGCGGCAGAAGCAGCAGCAGAAGCGGCAGCGGCGGCGGGCGGUUUGUUUUCCUCUCGUCUUUAUCUGUAGCUGCUGAAGCAAAAGAAAAGAAAGAGGAAAAAAAAGCACCGUGUUAGUGAGAGAGGAGCCCCUCGUGUGUCCCCCCCUCUCCCCUCCUCCUGCUCGUCUGGCUGCUUCCUACUCGUCCACAAACAGUCCCGUUUUAGAACAGCAUGGUCAUGGCUGACAGUGUCCAGAAACCGCUGAUCCGGGGUCCGGUCCGAGUGGGCUUCUACGACAUCGAGCGCACUUUAGGAAAGGGCAAUUUCGCUGUCGUGAAGCUGGCCAGACACCGCAUUACCAAGACCGAGGUGGCCAUUAAGAUCAUCGACAAGACCCAACUGGAUGCUGUGAACCUGGAGAAGAUCUACAGAGAAGUUCAGAUCAUGAAAAUGCUGGACCAUCCUCACAUCAUCAAGCUCUACCAGGUGAUGGAGACGAAGAACAUGCUUUACUUAGUCACGGAGUAUGCCAAGAAUGGGGAAAUCUUCGACUAUCUGGCAAAGCAUGGCCGUCUCAGUGAGCUCGAGGCCAGGAGGAAAUUCUGGCAGAUCCUGUCAGCGGUCGAAUACUGUCACAACCGAAACAUCGUCCACAGAGACCUGAAGGCAGAGAAUCUGCUGUUGGACGGCCACAUGAACAUCAAGAUUGCAGAUUUUGGAUUCGGGAAUUUCUUCCAGCCUGGGGAGCCUCUGGCCACGUGGUGCGGCAGCCCCCCCUAUGCUGCUCCAGAGGUCUUUGAGGGACAACAGUACGAGGGCCCACAGCUGGACAUCUGGAGUAUGGGGGUGGUGCUUUAUGUGCUGGUGUGCGGCGCAUUGCCCUUUGAUGGGCCCACUCUGCCUGUGCUCCGGCAGAGAGUCCUAGAAGGAAGGUUUCGCAUCCCCUACUUCAUGACUGAAGACUGUGAACACCUCAUCCGCAGAAUGUUGGUCCUGGACCCAUCAAAGCGUCUGUCUGUGGCCCAGAUUAAGGAGCACAAGUGGAUGGCUCUGGAUGUUCCAGUGCAGAGGCCUGUCCUGUACCAGCAGCCUCUGUCUGCUGACGGUGAGGCGGGUGUAGGAGAAUACAGCGAGCAGGUCCUUCGCCUGAUGCACAGCCUCGGUAUCGACCAGCACAAGACUAUAGAGUCUCUGCAGAACAAGAGCUACAACCACUUUGCUGCUAUCUACUACCUGCUGGUGGAGCGACUCAAGGCCCAUCGCUGCAGCUUCCCUGUCGAACAGAGGCUCGACGCCCGCCAGCGACGGCCCAGCACUAUCGCUGAACAGACAGUCGUCAAGUCGACCAGCGGUUCAGCCCAGGUGGGUUUGCUCCCGCAGGGCGUUCGUCUGUUGCGUUCCCCUGCUGUGCCCCAAGCCUCCUCUGAUGCUUUCACCUUCUCCCAGACUGCAUGUCCCCUGGAGCAGAAUUUCAUGGUGGAGGAUGUCAACACACCAAAAGUGAAUGGCUGCCUGCUGGACCCCCUACCUCCCCCCACUGUCCUCCGCAAGUCCUCCACCUCGUCGCCUAGCAACAUGAUGGAGACAUCGAUUGAUGAGGGCAUUGAGACUGAGGAGCCCGAUACAGAGGAUGAUCCACCCCACCUGCUCUCAGCCUAUCAGACAGCUCGAUUCGGUCAACGGCGACACACCCUGUCUGAGGUCACCAACCAGCCCGGGCCUUCGAACCAAGGUAAAUUAUUCACUCUAGGCCACAACCCCUCCAUGGGUAGCGUGGACUCAGACAUUGGCUACGAUAUGGGCUCCAUGCACAGUGACCUUGGUCUGCUGGAGGACCCCCCCUCCCUCACUGAAGUGGUACCAACCAACAGCUCUGUGCCUGGCGUUACCCCUACGCCUUUUCUGAGUGCUCGGCCUGCCAACCCGGCAAUGGCUGCCCUCACCUCCCAGCACAGGGAGACACACAACCGCUCCCCCAUCAGCUUCAGAGAAGGACGCCGUGCCUCCGACACCUCCCUCACCCAAGGUCUGGUCGCCUUUCGGCAGCACCUCCAGAACUUGGCGAGGACCAAAGGCAUCCUGGAGCUGAACAAAGUCCAGAUGCUGGUGGAGCAGAUGGGCUCUGGGGAAGGGGCCGCUAUGGGCCACCUGGGACCACAGCACCACUUGCACAACCUCCUGGAGGGUGAGGCAUACAAGCAGCAAGAGGGCCUAGCUUUAUAUCAAGGUGGGCCUCAGCCGCCUCUCCUGUCCCGCAGACAGAGUUUGGAGACACAAUACCUCACUCACAGACUACAGGCCAACGUCUUGGCUAACAGUCCGGCUAGCUGCCAACUUUUCUGUAAGGAGACUCCUCGAAGUUUAGAGCAACAGCUGCAGGAACACAGUGGAUGCUACUGCCCUCCCCACAGACUGAACCAGAAGAGGAUGUACUUGCAGCAGCAGCCACAGGGCAUGGGGCUGCAGGCCUACUUCAACCAGAUGCAGAUAGCUGAAGGUUCCUACCCGACAGGCAGCCCUGCUCUGGACCCAACGGUGUCUCAACCUUCCCCUCAGGGCCCCCCCAUGUCAACCCCCCACCAGCCCCAGACUCAACAGAAGGGUAGUCCUCAGGCCUCGCCGCCCUUCAGCCACCCCCAUAGCUUGAGCCCUUUGAUGGAACCUGGCGAGGGCUUAGUUUAUGAACCCUACUUGAGCCAUCACCACUACACCCAACACCUGCCUCCUGGAUCUCACCUCCACCACCAGCUCCACCAUCCCCAGCCUCAUGAAGCUUCUGCCAGCGGCCUGGGCUUCAGCUACCCUGCAGGCUGUGAGCAGCAGGUGCUGGGGCCUUCCCCAGAGGCUCUCCUCCCAGAGCAGUACGAUUUCUCGCUGGAUCCCUCCUCGCUGCCCCCUUCCACUCUAGGAGAGGUCAACGCCGGAGCUAUGGCUGGAGUUUUGGCUGGUCCGGGGCAGUCAGACGUCCUGGGCCUGCCUGAACUGCAGGGCUCCCUCCUGGACAGUGAGAUGAUGGAGACCGUAGACUCUCAGCACGGCUUCGUACUGGUCAACUAAAGUCAGCUGAAGGGGUUAUUAGAAAGCAGUAUUAAGCAAUGAGAACCCACACAGCAUUAAGAGCAGAGAGAGGAGAUAUAAGUGGAGGCCAUAAGCGUAGCAACAGGGAAGAAAGUGUUAAUUUUUGUACAACUAAUACAAACUUCAUUUCUUAGUUGUGAUGAACUCAACCUUUCUACCAAAAUCCUCCCUUAACCUACCUCCCUUUCUCCCUCUACUCCUCUGUUCUCGUUCUCAUCAGCCCUGUGAGGCAGGAACAGGCCCGAUGUGUGGCACAGUGUUGAGCUUCGCCGUGCUGACUUGGCGAGGCUGCUCUUGUCACGUACGUUGUGCCCCCUGUGAGGACUGAGCCUUGCAGCCCAUGGGGAGGGUGGAUGCUGCACAUGCUGGUGGCUGCUACAGUGCAUCAUUUCACCGAGGAAUGGUUUUGGAAGUGAACUAAUUUAGGACUGAUCGAGUGGCAACCAAAAGCACAAAGGCUGAAAGUGCUUUUUGUAUUUAAAAUAGGACACCAUCAACAAUAGACUGGUUCUCAAAACACUUUGGUGCAUUUUUUUUAAAGAUUCCAGUAGAUUUAAAAAAUUAAAAUCAACCGAACAAGAGUAAAUAGCCCUCAUUUAUCAUGGUACCAUGAGUAUCACCACAAAUUCAAAUGUUAAAAUGCUGGGUUUUUUGUUGGUUUUAUAGCCAUUAUAGGAGUUAUUUACACACUAAUGCACAAAGGCUAACAUGGAGUCAUGUAUAGGUUGCAGCACUAGUAUAUACACUAUUCCUUUAGAAAACAGGUAACUUUCAUCAUUUGCCUAAACAAAUAACCUAAUUGCUACAAUUGUGCUUUUAACAGUGAUAAACUUGCUCCAAGCUGUUUUUUUAGUAUGACUAAUGAGAACAUUAGUGUAGGCUACGUGACAUAAAUAUUUGUUUUUUCUUGUAAAAUGUAACUACUGAUCCUGAUUAAUUUCUUACACUACUGAACUGCUUUUCCACCUUUACCCAAUUGCACACACUUGCCAGGUUUCGUUAUGUUCAACAUGACUGGGAUAAUUACCAGUUUUUUGCAGGCGAAAUGGCCGUGCACCUAUUUAACAGUUGAAAUGUGGGUCAUGCGUUUGCCUGAUAAAUGAGGGCUGAUGGAAUUAAUACGUUGGGUUGAGAAGUUGCGGUGUUAAACAGUCAAUAUUAUUCUAUUUUUGUGGCAAUACUGAAGCAAUAUUAAUCCUUAAUGUGGAGGGAUUGUAAAUGGAAGCCUCACCUGCACAGCCGACUCUGAUUGGUUCCCGGGGACCUCUGAGUUGUCAGCAGUGACAUCACUUGAGCUGAUGAUGUAACCAGGAGAUAAUCUGUCAUUCGUUUGCCCUGGAAGUGCCGGGAUAAGCCUGGAGACAGCUGUAUGGAUGGAACUGUGCAAAAGUUUUAGGCUACAAAAAGCAAAGUGAGGAUGGUUUCAAAAAUAAUGAAAUAACUAGUGUUUAUUCAUCAGUUAAUGUCAUACAAUGUGCAGUCAACUGUUAAAAAAAAAAAAUGCCUAAAUCAAAUCAGUCUUUGGUUUGACCACCCUCUUGCCUUUAAAACAGUGCUGGUUUUUCUCGGUACGCUUGUACACAGUUCUUAGAGGUACUUGGCUGGUUGGUUGUUGCGAGCAUCCUGGAGAACUUGUUCUGUCCCACUUGCUUCCGACUCUUCAUGUAAUCUAAGGCUGAUUAUGUUGAGGUCAGUGAUGCUGAAUAAACACAUGCCUCUACUGCUGGCAUGAUGUUAUGGAUAAGAAGCUAAAUAUCAAAAUAUCUUAAAACUUUUGCACAGCACUGUGUGUGUGUGUUUGUGUGUUUGUUUGUGUGCACAAUACAGAAGUCAGAUUUUCUGCAUCCAUCACAAGAUUUGUCGUCAUUGCUGAAAAGACAAACACUGUAUUACAGCUUUCUUCAGAGUGACACGAACUGUGCUUUCCCUCUCAGUGCAGUUGUAGCUUUUAGAUGAAUUCUGGUUUACAUCCUCAGUGCUCCAGUCAUGCCUCUGUGUUUUAAUGAUGAAUUGUGUUUAUGAUAAUAGAAUGACCCCGUGAAGAUUCCCUGCAUUAGAUUUCAUGAAAGAAUGUUUCCUCUCUGACGUUGAGGCUGCUGUGAGACGAAGACCAGCAGAACAUCAGUCACCUGACACUGGAUUUUGACUGUUGGCUCAAAAUCAGUCUUUGACUGACAGCAAGGCGGCAACAAGAUGAGAGAUCUCUUUUUUUUUUUUUUUUUUACAGCACUUACUGUGUUCAGUCUACUUGAAGCACACAGAUGUAUCGUCUCUGACAGAUGAUGAUGAUUUAAAAUGAAAUAGUCUCAAUUGGUAUAAUAGGACAAUGAACGUCACAGGGCUGAGAUGAAAUUAUUAUCUGUGACCAUCUGUGGCCUGUGGCCAGACAGUGUGACUUUCAGUAGUCGUGGGUUAAGCUGUAGAGGUGUUUGUAGUCAGAUUAGCCUUCAGACAAGGCAGUCACUCUCGGUGUGUAGACUGGACUGAGCACAUAUCUUAGAGUCCACAAUCAGACUCUUAAAGUACAGUGAUGGUUUGACUAGGAGUCUCUAUAGUUGCAUUAAGCAGACUUUAGUGUUGGCAAAAAAAUGUGGACCAACUGUGGUUGCAGUCCUGUGCAAGAUGUAAAGGGAAAAUCCACCCUAAGAUGCUUUUAAUACAGUUUCACAACAGAUUAGUGCUGCGACUAAUGAUGAAGUAAUCUGCUUAUUGCUUAGUUAGUUGUUUGGCCUAUUUCAGGCUAAGAAAAUUGUCAAAUGUCUCUCACCAACUUAAAAAAAUAGCUGAAACAAAAAUUGCUGCUGAACAAUUACGUCUCCUUUUGUCAGCUUUAUAGUCGAUUAACACAGCUGGCGAGUUUUACUGUCAUUCUCUCAGGAUCUAAGAGCAACUGCUUAGUAAGUCACCAUUUGCUCUCACAUUUAACAGUCAAAUGGGCAGAGAUACUAGUAACUCUAGCUACAAUGGCCUCAUCAGACCACAGUGCAAUGCAGCCAAAAGACAUGUUGCAAAAUAGGUCUUGUGGCUGCAUUAGUAGUCCCACCCUUCAAUUUACAAUUAGUCGACUAGCUGGAUAUGUUUAUAUGGUCAUACACCCACAUUUUAUUGACAGAAAUAAGCUCACACCCAGUUUAUGGGUCAUGUUGCAAAUGUCCUUUUGAAAGAACUGUGCUGACGGGUGUGAGGCUGGUUGCAGAUGAAAUAAUUAUUCUGGGGUUUACAGAGCAUUAAAUUGUCAAUACUGGUGAUGUAAGAGCAUUAGAGGGUGGAUUUUGCUUUGAAGUGAAUGUUUUGAUGAUUGUUUUGUUUAUUUUUUUAUUCGUUUUGUCAAUGGUCAGGCUAAAACAGCUACAGGAUGAUCUAUGGAAGUUGAAUACUGGAGCACUUUGACAACAAGGGGACGAAGAGAUGUAGCGAGAGAGGAGGAGGUGACUGUGGUGGAGGUGGAAAAGGUUUGUAUUGCUCUGCCGUUUCCUGGCAGAUGAAACGAACCGUAAUCUGUAGGAAACACCUUUCUCCUCUCUCUUCCCCACCAAUAAUGGACACAAAACAAAUUUCUUUCAAAGAAAGACCAGACAUAGUAACACUUUAUUUGAUUGUUGAUUUUAAUCCAAGAAAGAGUAACACUUUUCACUUUAUGAUGAUGAGUGUUCUUUGUACAGAUUAGAGGUGUUAGUGAACCUUCAGUGCACACUCAAGUUGCACCGAAUUUUGUGUUGGAAGUGAAUAGUGUUCAGUGUGCCUUUUACUUUUUCGUAUUUUCAGUCUAAAUUAAGAUUUUGAAUAGCACCAUUAUUUCUGGUUGGACCCUUUUAUCAUUUUAUUUUAUUAUGAUUACUUCUUGCUUUUCUGUAUUUUUUUUUCUGAAAGUAAGUAGAGCCAGGUUUUACAAAGGUACAAAACCAAAGUCCCUCAGAAGUUUCCCUGUACGACCCACCGUGUGGAGUUUUGGAGCUUCUUUGUCAGCUUCUCUACCGUGCUUUUUUUUCUCGUUGGUCAAUCAGUGUAUGCCAUUUAAAAGUAUUAUAGCAAUAUUUCUCUAGUUGAAGACUAAAGUCAUGAAGAUUCUAGUGGAUGUGUUUCCAAGUAUCAUAAUUUCACCUCCUGCUGAUAAAACAAAAAAAUCAGUCAUCAAUAGAAAAUCCAGUUUUAUAUUUACCUUCAUUGAUGUUGACCACACAUAAGCUAACUUGCUGUUGAGAUUAAAAAGGUUUAUUGAACAGAAUAA